CGGACCGGGGUCUCGUAAAUGUCGUAUUUCAUGGGCAGUAGGAAAAUAUGGCAGAUUCUGAUUCCGGUACCCAUGUUACGGACAUAAGUGAGCGUCUUCAGGACGAUUUUGAGCUCAGAAAAGAAGCUAUGCUACAAACAGUGACAGAAAUAGGACGCAAUUUAUCAAAUGAAACCAUCUCUCAGAGGAAUUCAAUUGAGAUCAGUGGAGAAGAUAUUUCGUGGAAAAGGUCAAACUCGACUCCUUCUGGUCACCAGCGUCGAAACAGCACAGGCAGUACCCCUCGCUUAAUCCGUCACGUGUCUAGCCGUACCACUUCACCUGCUCCUAUCACGCAAAGUCGAGUGUCGUCACCAUCUCGUUUUUCAGUAACACGCGCACCGGGAUCUGCUUUUCACGUACCCAUUCAAACUCCAUCACCGGGUCGUCACGUGCCACACCGUGUCACAUCUCCUCCCCGUCUCGCACCUAGUCAUUCUGUCUCACCCACCCGUCACCUGACAAACCGGUUAUCGAAUCCAGCUCGACACCCGGUAACUCGAGGGCCAUCUCCCGCUCAACUCCCGUCCAGUAGAGUAAAUUCACCUGCUAGCCGAGUUCCACGCCGUAGAGCCGCCAAUGCAGGAAGAGCCGUUGGUCGAGAGACGACACCAAGGAAUAAUUUGGUAAUCGCAAACGUUCAUACAACGCCUAGGAGAUACAGAAAGGCGAAUGGUGUUGUCAACUCAGCACGGCACUCUGCUCCUAACAGAGUAAGGCAAACCGCUGCUCAAACGUCGGUUAGUUAUGGUGGUGCGCUCAGCGAAGGGGAUGGUGCAGGAUUUCUGAGGAGUUUAGAUAGUAUUCCAACACAUUCGGGAUCAAGGAGUGCGUACGAUUUUGUCGACGCUAGUAAGCGCAAACCUUCAAAACGCCAGGCAAAUGCGACACAUGUUGAUAUCACAGAUAUAGACCUUUCUGCUCUUGAGGAACAAGAAGUAGUAAUCGAUCAAGUUGAUGACAAACCUUGGCUCCCGACAGGAAUCUAUGCAGUAUUCUUACUUACACUGUGGACUGCCGUACUAAGGCUUAGUGACGGUGUAGAAGCAAACGGUCCUGUUGCUUGUUCUGCUGGGGAAGAAACUCGACUUUGGAUAUGCGCUGCCUCCUUCUCGCUUGCCCAAGGUCUCGCUGAGGCCUUUUGGCAGCGAAAAAACAUGUUCAAGGUCCUUUUUAGCAUGCUAUGCCUCUUUGCGUAUUUCAUCAUUUCUCACGUGCAACCUUUAUCAUGUCGGUUCGGAGAGGACAGAGUCACAGAGAUAAGUAAAUGGCAGUCGGCUAUGAACUUCUUUGUGAGUGCGUUGUUAGUAGUGGGAAUUUAUAAGCACAUUUUGGAAACGAUACAAAACCAGAGAAUAAUGAAAGAAAAAACGAUUCAAAAGAGGCAGUGGGAAGAUACAGAGGACUCAGAGUUCGAAGGAUUACCAGAGGGUAUAAUAUAACCAAGUGAGGCGGUGAGGCCCCAAGUGCAUCCAUACAGGAAGCAGAGGGUCAACAGGUAUUUUGUUUUAACCAACGUCCUCAGUCAAGUUUCACUGUGGAGUAUUGAACUUGGCGUGGAAGAAACUCUGCAAAAUGACAGAUAUUAGCGUUGGAACAAAACGUUACAACAAUUUUUUCCGUUUCAGCAGUUAGGAAAACGCAGUUAUUUCAAGAACACCAUUUCCUAGUUGAAACUAAUCAUUGCCU